UUACCAGACGCCGACUGAGGAUGCUGUCACGGCUGGCGCCCGCUGUCGGACACCGGCAUCCACCUCAGCGCAGUCGCAUGAAUACCCUGCUGUUGAGACCAAGCGAUCAGCUCGGUAGAAUCAGCCACAGCGAGAUAGAGAAACGCCGUCGUAAUAAACUUAACUCCUUCAUCUACGAACUGGCCACACUCCUGCCGAAACGCGAUGGACUGUAUCAGUCCAAGAAGCUGGACAAGCUAUCUAUACUACGCCUCAGCGUACACCAUGUGCGCAAUAUGACACUGAAAUCAACGCCCCCGGCCACCGGUGCACUACAGCCGAUGCCUGACACCAUCCUGACGGAUCACAUGGAGGAAUUCGCGCGAAUCCUCAUGGAAGCCGAGGAUUAUCUGACCUUUGUUAUUGACGGACUGAAUGACACAUUUCUCUACAUGUCACCGUCGGCAGCCGGUGCGCUGGAAAUCACCCAAGCUGAAACGCAUAAUCUCCCCAUCGCCUACACCGUCCACCCGGACGACAUCCCCAUUCUUCACCAGCAAUUCCAUAUAUCCCAUCAUCCCGAGAAUCCUUCUCCGAAACCCGUAGCCUUUCUCUGUCGCUUAAAAACCCGCACUCUUCUCGAUCACGGUCUGGCCAAAUUCGACAUUAAAACCCACAAGAGCUACCUGGCCGUCAUGUGUCACGGAUUACUCAAGCAUUAUUCGGAAAUUGCUCAUGCCUUUCGAAUGCCCUCCAAUCAGCCCGACCAUCAAGUGCUCGUUGUCGUCGGUGUGAUACAGAAGGCUACCGACAGCAGCGCCACGACAUCCGUGUGUCGUCUGUCACCGCAUGGUCGCUUUCUCCACAUGGAUGACAGUCUGCCGCAAUGGCUGGGCUAUACGACAGAAGCGUGCAUGGGCACGUCGGUGUAUCAGUAUUGUCAUCCGCUAGAUGUCGACCAGGUAGCCAAAGGACACCGCUGGGUGCUGACUCAUGCCGAAGAGGCCAUGAUCCCGAUGCGGUUCGUCGGGCGCCAUGGACAGUGCGUGAGGGUGGUCGGAAUUUGGCGCGCCGUCAGGAGGCACUUUGACAAUGCAGUGGAGGGCAUCGAUGUCUCAUGUACAAUGCAGUAUUAAUGGUUGGUGUCCGGCGUUCGUGGCCAGAAGGACCAAUUUCACCGCUGGAGCUCUCUUUAUGUGUGUGCAUACCAAAACCAGGAAAUCUCUAUGUUGUUUUUUUGAAAGCUAUUUUUUGAUAAUUCUGUGAAUUGGGGAGUUUGCCCCAGAUUGUACGAAUAUUGUUAUCUAUUGUACGAAUAGAGAAAUUGAGUUAAUUAGAAUGAUACUUGCCUACUUGGUUUGCUGUACUCGUGAAUGUGGACAUAACAGCUUUCAGAGCAUGUCAAAUACCGAUUCAGCUCUUUGUAGUUUGUAUU